AUUGCAGUCUUAGUAUUCAGUGAGAACAGUUGUAUUCGCUCAGCUUUAUCUCAAAAACAAAUUCAACAAGUGAUUUUUUAAAUAGAAAAUGGCUAACACACAGUUCUUGACACUCAACAAUGGUGAGAAAAUGCCAAUCAUUGGCAUUGGCACAUGGCAGGCCUCCGAUGAGGAAAUCGAAACCGCAAUUGAUCAAGCUUUGGAGGCGGGUUAUAGACACAUCGACACGGCGCCAGUUUAUGGCAAUGAGCAGGCAAUUGGACGUGUCCUCAAGCGUUGGCUGGAUGCCGGCAAAGUGAAGCGAGAAGAGCUGUUCAUUGUGACCAAGCUGCCACCGAUUGCUAAUCGCCCCCAUGAAGUGGAACCAACUAUUAAGAAAUCAUUGGCCGAUCUGCAGCUGGACUAUGUGGACAUGUACCUCAUCCAUACCCCAUUCACAGUGUUUAUCAAUGAGGAUGGCAGCUUUAAGGUGGAUGAGGAAGGUCUCAUGAUCCCCGAUGUAUCAACCGAUCAUGCUGCCACUUGGCUGGAGAUGGAGAAGCUCGUGGCGAAUGGUUUAACCAAGUCCAUUGGCAUCUCCAACUUCAGCAAGGAGCAAGUGGCGCGUCUCUUGAAGAAUUGCAAAAUUCCACCAGCAACUAAUCAAAUUGAACAUCAUGUUUAUUUGCAACAACGGGAUCUGGUUGAUUUCUGCAAGUCGAAGAACGUGGUUAUAACGGCUUAUGCUCCUUUGGGCUCCAAGGGAAUUGCCAAGUUCAAUGCUGGCGCUAAUCUUGUACGCGAUUUGCCCGAUUUAAUGGAUAUUCCCGAGGUGAAGGAGAUGGCGGCAUCACAUGGCAAGACACCUGCCCAGGUGCUGCUCCGUUGGAUCAUCGAAACUGGCAAUGUGGCCAUUCCAAAGAGCACAAAUCCCGAUCGCUUAAAGCAAAAUUUCAAUGUCUUCGACUUUAAGCUGACGGAGGAGGAAGUGGCCAAGCUAUCUGCGCUGGACAAGAACAUACGCGUCUGUGACUUUGCCUUUUUCCACGGUAUCGAACGUCAUCCCGAGUUCACAUUCAAAAAUCAAUACACCAACUAAGUUGAAUACUCUGAUAUAUUUUUAUGUAAUAAAAGAAAUGGAAUCAAUGUAUUUUAACCAGA